UGACUGUAUAUAUAAGCCAGAGUAAGACCAAGCCAGGUAGACUACAUCCCAGCUACAUCUCAGCAUUACUGUACAGCAGAAAAUCCUGUCCCUGAGCCAUGAAGGCAGAAGCCACUCAGCUGAAGGCUCUUUAUGAAGCUAACGGCUUCCUGACAGCUAUUGAUGUGCUGGGGAAGGACGAGCUCGGUCAGGCCUGCAAGGAACAUGCAAAACUGGAGAACAAAUUUGGCAAGGAAUACACACAGUACAACCUGCACAACAUCCACAUGCAAUAUGAGUGGGUGAUGAAUCUGGCUGCUCAUCCCAAACUACUGGAUGCAAUCAUUGCUGUGUUAGGGCCCAAUGUUAUUCUCCUGGACUCCAGGUUUAUCUGUAAAUACCCUUCCUCUGACGUCCCCCACAAAGAUAACACUGUCCCAUACGUUGCUUGGCAUCAGGACAUCAAGUAUUGGGGAUUUGAGGGGGGUCCCGUGGCGUCUGUGUGGCUGGCCUUUGACGACGUGGAUGCAGAAAAUGGAGUCCUACAAGUUAUCCCAGGAAGCCACAAACAAGGCAUUUUGGAACACAGAGUGGCAGAAAUCCCAGGAAACUUACUGACUUCAAACCAGGAGAUACCCCGGCACUUGGUGCAGGUGGAAGAUUUGGUUGAGUGUCCCCUCAAAGCUGGGCAGAUGUCUAUCCAUGACGGGCUGACAGUUCAUGCCAGCGAACCCAACAUGUCAGAAAGAAGAAGAUGUGGGUUUGUCAUCCGCUAUGUGCCCACAACUGCAUAUCCUGUCAAGGAUCCUGAACGUCCCAGAACAUUUCCUGCAACUGUCCUCGUGGCUGGAACUGAUGAGUUUAAGAACUUUGAAGACCACGCUCCUAACUUUUUUAACAAGACCUAUUAACUGCCUUCAGUUGUCUCAUACUUUUGUGUUUUUACAACUCAAAAGGAGAAGAAUUUUUUUUGCACACUCUGUACUGUAUAAACAAGAGGCACUGAUUUACAUUAUGGCAGUGAAAAUGUGCAGUGAUCUGUUUAAUGCUCACAUUGAUGUACUGUAUUGGAUGCUUAGCUGAAAUUCACAUUUAACUCAUAGUUCAUAUUUUUAAAGCUUCAUUUUAAAAUGUGGGGACACCCCAUGCAGUGGGGAUACACUGGCCUGGCAUUUUUCCUUGCUGGAGCAGGUACAACCAGAAAUUCUGGGGCCUUGCCCUAUGCUAGCCUCCUAGGGGUUUAUUGGGAAUUCUGCAGCUGUGGGCAGGCCCCCAUAUAUCCACCUCUUCCCUCUGGUCCGUAUCUGCAGGGAAGUCUCUUGCUACAGUCCUGCCAGUCAUUAUUUUAAAUGUAUUUUAUUUGUUAUUUAAAAGUAUUAAGUGUUUUUAUGCAGUUAUUUUGAAAAGAUAAUAAAUUAUUACUGUUUUUUUUGUUCUGCUCAAUAAAUCCCACAUCUUGGCAUAAA